CUGGCCUGUGCCAGGCAGCUCUACCGGGAGCGGGAGUUUGGCUCCAUGGUGCUGGAGCUCAACGCCUCCGAUGACCGGGGUAUCGACAUCGUCCGAGGGCCCAUCCUGAGCUUCGCCAGCACCAGGACCAUCUUUAAGAAAGGCUUCAAGCUCGUCAUCCUGGACGAAGCCGACGCCAUGACCCAGGACGCUCAGAACGCCCUGAGACGAGUGAUCGAGAAGUUCACGGAAAACACCCGGUUUUGCCUCAUCUGCAACUACCUCUCCAAGAUCAUCCCUGCCCUGCAGUCCCGCUGCACCCGCUUCCGCUUCGGCCCACUCACCCCGGAGCUGAUGGUGCCCCGGCUGCAGCACAUCAUACAGGAGGAGGGGGUGGACGUGACGGAGGAUGGGAUGAAGGCUCUGGUGACCCUCUCGAGCGGGGACAUGCGCAGAGCCCUCAACAUCUUGCAGAGCACCACCAUGGCCUUUGGGAAGGUGACGGAGGAGAACGUCUACACCUGCACGGGACACCCACUGAAGUCGGACAUCGCCAACAUCCUUGACUGGAUGCUGAACCUGGACUUCUCCACCGCCUACCGCAAAAUCACGGAGCUGAAGACGCUGAAGGGCUUGGCCCUGCAGGACAUCCUCACCGAGAUCCACCUCUUCGUGCACAGAGUCGAUUUCCCACCCUCCAUCCGCAUCCAGCUGCUGAUCAAAAUGGCAGAUAUCGAGUACCGGCUGGCUGCUGGGACCAGUGAGAAGAUACAGCUGAGCUCCCUCAUUGCUGCGUUCCAAGUCACCAGGGAUCUGAUCGUGGCCGAAGCCUGA